UGACACUUGUCACUUGGCGCGAGGAGCAACUGUGCCCUCACUCACUCUAUCAUCUUUGUUCGUUUGUCCUGGAUUUGAGAGAUCCCACCGUUAAAUCUCACCUACCAUAUCCAGCAUGACCGGGAGACUUUUGGUCCUUGUGGGGGCAUCCGUCCUUUUCCUGGCAGCGGGGGGUCAGGGUACCGAACAACGGAACCGGAGAACGGUGACUUUCCAUCGGGCUCAGCAAGAUGUCAAGGCGCGCCAAGUCUACUCACGACCUAAAAGGGAUACUUUUAAAAGUCCAACUUUUACAUCUUGCAAACAUCCUCUGACCCUUUCAGAGCAUCAACUGUUGGAUAAAACUACACAUGAGACUCAGUUUCAUGGGGAUGAUGGUUCUAGCUUUACACUCACCUGGGUGGGUGAUGGAACAGGGGUGAUCCUGGUGUUGUCCACUAUAAGUUCUCCCUUAGACACCAUCUAUGCAGGAGGCUCCUCACGGCUCUACCGGAGUGCGGAUUAUGGCAAGACCUUCCAUGACAUCACUCAUCUGAUCAACAACACUUUCAUCCGGACGGAGUUUGGCAUCAGUGCGGGCCCUGGGAACUCUAAACAGGUGAUUCUAACAGCAGACCGAUCUGUGCUGGACAGUCCUGGAGGAGUGAUCUUCACCUCCACGGACGCUGGCCUGUCCUUCAAGGCUGUCCAGCUGCCUUUCCACCCCGACAAGCCAAUCACCUUCCACUUCCAGAAUCCAGAAUACCUGGUGGCUAUCAGCAUUGACGGUGGCCUUUGGCUUUCUCAGAACUUUGGGGCAGCUUGGACUAAACUUCACGACGGAGUGCAGUCUUUGAUGUGGGGCGCAGGGACCACUCUGUUCUUCAGCUUCAGUCCCAAAGGAACAGUGGAGGCGGAUAGGAGAGGAGAGCUGUUCCUGAUGAGAACAGAAGACCUUGGGAAGACUUUCACAACCAUCGCUCACAACAUCUUCUCCUUUGGCUAUGUAGGAGGCUUCCUCUUCACUUCAGUUAUUGAGACACUGAACUCUCCCCGUGUCAUCUAUGUGUCGUCUGACCAGGGAGAGCGCUUCAACAGAGCGCAGCUUCCCUCUGCCUCCCCCGAGCAGUUCUACUCUGUAUUGGAUGGGGAUGAGGACAUGAUAUUUAUGCAUGUGGACAAUCCUGGAGACACCUACUUUGGGACGAUGUACACUUCAGACGACAGCGGCGUGCUCUACUCCAAGUCUCUGGAGCGCCACCUGUUUGGAGGGAACCGGAAGAGCGACUUCACCAACAUCACCUCCUUGAGAGGAGCCUACCUCACUAACGUGCUGGAGGAAGACAGACGCAUCAGGUCGGUCGUCACCUUCGACAGAGGAGGAGAGUGGAGGCUCAUCCACAAGCCCCAGAAUGUGGACUGUGUGGAGAAUACCAGAAAUUGUUAUCUCCACAUCCAUGGAGAGCACAGCCGUGUUAACGGGAUCACCGCCAUGUUGCCUCUCUCCGACCCCUUGGCUGUCGGCCUCGUCAUCGCCCACGGAAGUGUGGGUGACUCUCUGUCGUCGUCCCGGCCUGACGUGUUCAUGUCCCAGGACGGGGGGUACACCUGGAGGGGGGUCCUCAAGGGCCCCCACCACUACAGCAUCCUGGACUCUGGGGGGCUCGUGGUGGCUGUGGAGGCCCACAGUGGCGUCCAGGUCAACACUAUCAAGUUCUCCACGGACGAGGGCCAGUGCUGGAGGGUGUAUAACUUUACCCACCAGCCCAUCUUUUUCUCUGGCUUGACAUCGGAGCCGGGCUCUAAGACCAUGAACAUCAGCGUGUGGGGCUACCGCCCGGAGGACGACGAGCAGCCCAUGUGGGUGGCUGUGACCAUCGACUUCCAGAGCCUCCUCAACAGGGAGUGUGAGGACCAGGACUACGAGGAGUGGUUGGCCCACUCGACGGAGGGUGGAGACCCGGCCACAGAUGGUUGUGUCCUGGGCUAUAAGGAGACAUUCAGGAGGCUGAAAAAGAUGUCAGUGUGCAGGAAUGGUCGGGACUACAGGGUUAGCAGGCAACAGAACCCUUGUCCCUGUACCAGAGAGGAUUACUUAUGCGACUACGGUUACUAUCGCCAUGCCAACAGUUCAGAGUGCGUGAGGCAGCCAGACACAGCAGACCUCUUCCUGGAGGUGUGUCCGAAUGGAGAAGAGGAGGAGCUUAACACAUCUGGGUACCGUAAGGUCCCAGGUGACAGGUGUGAGGGGGGCUUCACUCCCCAGCGGGGGGACACUAUCAGCAGGAACUGUAGGAAGACCAGCCCAGACCAGGACUUCGACACUCCUAGAGAGAAGAUGGUGCUGAUAGCAGUCUGUGCUGGAGCAGGAGUCAUCGUUCUGGUAGCCGUGGUAAUCGCUGUGUACUCUGUCAGGAGAAUGAGCUAUGGAAACAGGAUGCCUGUGUAUCGCUUUUCUGCCCUCUUGCUUCAGGCUGACGACCGCUGCAUCGCCACAGACUCGGACAGCAUCGCCAGCGGCAACGGAACAGGCUUCAACACGGACUCAGACGAUGAUCUUAUUGAGUGAGCCAAGUGCGGACCUGGGAUAUAUGAACAUAUAACCUGGAUCUGUCACGGUCAGAGCCAUACGCCCACUGGGUACUGCGCCUGGCACACAGGCAGGCUGAAGCCUUACCGUUGCAGCCCGGGUUCGCUUCCAGCCUGGAGCCUUUCCUGCAUGUCCUCCCCUCUCUAUCCCCUGCCUCAAACUGUCACUAUCACUAAUAAAGCAGAGAAAGGACUAUAUAUACAUAUUUAUGUGUAAAGAAAAGCAUUGAUACGUCACUUUACAAGGCGUUGAUAAAUCAAAAGAUGUCUGGAUUUUAACAUUUUUGUAUAUAUAAGCCCUGAGAUAUCAGAGUUACAGAAUUAUUUAUUGAGCCAAGAGUACUUGGGGAUAUACUAAUGUUGCAAGUCGUCGUUCACAUACCGUGUUCACUUUGCAAUCUUCAACUUGCUCCCUUGUUUGUUGAUUGUAUAUUUAAUGUUCCUAAAAAUAAAUCCAAAAUAAUUCACAAUUGUACUUUGAAUUAGAAUAAAAACAUGGUUAAUACAACAAGCCAUUA